GGAUUAUUAAAGUGCUGUACGCGUAGGCUUGCUUAAAAGGCUUCUUCCUCCACAGAUAAACACUUGCUGAGGUCAUUGGAGAGAACCUUCAUCGGACGACAUCAUCACAAAUUGUAGCGAAUAUGAUACUCAGAUCCAUUAUUAGCCGGACCGCUUCUUUAGGAGUGAGGGAGAGAGCCCUCUUGCAAGUGAGUCAGAGGAGGAUACCGAACGUGUCCACCGGACGAUGCUUGCAACACCUUCAACAAGUAAGACUGCCUCUUGCAAACAGCUUUUCCACUUCGACUGUUCAUCACAAUCAAGCACAAAAGCAAUGCUCCAGCUGCGGCACAACACUGCCACUCAAUACACUGUCUUGCACUUCAUGCUCAACUCUACAGCCUCUACCGUCUGAAUUGAACGCAUACGAACUAUUAGGAUUACAAGACGAUCAAAUUGCAAAUAAUGGAUGGGAUGUUGAUUUGAACGAAUUAAAGUCUAUCUGGCGUAAAAGAAUGGCAUUAAGUCAUCCAGACAGAAUGGGAACGAAAAGUGAAAAAGAACAACAAAUUGCCGCUCAACAAUCCGCAAUGAUCAAUAAAGCUUAUGAAACUUUACGUGAACCACUUCAAAGGGCACAUCUUUUAUUGGAAAAAUUUCAAUCUUCCAUACCGUCAGAAGCAGAAUCGCUUGAAGAUCCAGAAGUACUGAUGGAAGUUAUGGAACUGAGAGAAGAACUGGAAGAAGCAAGCACGGAAGAAGAAGCCGCUCAAGUUAGAGCAAGAAAUAAAGAACGACUCGAUGCCACAGUUAAUCUUUUGAGAGAAGCUUUCUCGCAGCAGCCACCAGACACAGAAACAGCUCGUUCAGCCGCUGUCGGAUUACGGUACUGGAACAACAUCGAAAAAGCUGCUCGCGAAUGGCAACCGGGAAAACGUGUUGAACUACAACAUUAAGCUUGCUAACUGAUAGAAUGAUUCUUAUUGACUAGUGUACAAAAUUGCAAUAUCUGAUUGAAGAUUAUCUUCAUUCCUCGUCCUCUAAUCGUUCCUCCUCUUCUCUACACAUCUUGUAGAUCCGUCUUCUGCGUGCUUCAACACUUUCUGCUCGGCUUGCAACGUCGAAGAGCUCAGAGAAAACCUGAGAGCGUAAUUCGGUUGCACUUGCAUUGGCUCUUUUGAAGAUGUUGGGAUAUUCGCAUUGGGAUCCGCCAUCUGUACUUCUUUUCUGACGUUUGCUAGCCCGAUCAACGUUGUUCCUUGCAUUCUGCUCAGUUUCUGACACUAAGCAGUCAUCCAGAUAUGGAACAAUGACAGCUUUGAGCAUUCGGUCGAAAUGUUGAGAAGCAUGACAAGCGGCA